CAGUUGUAUACUUUGGAUCAGAAAUACUUGAUUGUACUUGUUUUUUAUUGUAAUAUUUUUUGUGUUUAUAAUAAGAAAUAUUUGGAAAUAUUAAAAGAUGGGUCUGCCCCAAUUAGAAACAUGCUGUUUCGUUCUAGAUUUGAAAACGGGAAACUUAGUUAUGGGAGGCCUCAAUGCGUUCCUUUCGUUUGUGAUGCUAAUAGUAAUGAUAGUAAUAGCAAUCACAGUGGGUUCAGCCGAAGAGACGGGGGACCCAGAAAUAGACGCUGCCAUAACCGGCCUUUAUGUGAUGUGCAUCAUACUUGCUUUUAUGUACCUAGCCAAAUUUUUGUUGGAUCUGUUUUUCAUAUAUGGUGUCAUAGUGGAACGAGCACCAAUAAUUAAGACUUACUUCAUAGUGUGGAUUGUAUUCUUUCUCCUUUCAAUGUUCGUAUUUUUUUUGAACGUCACUCAUUUCAAUGCCGGUACUAUUUGCACACAAUUAUUUUAUAUUGGUCUCAACGUGUACACUAUCUUGCUGAGUCACAGUUUCUACAAACAAUUGAAUAGUCGGGAAGAAGUUUAAUUUAUUCCUGUUUAUAGCUUUUUAUAAAAUUAUAAGAAAUGGUCGCUAUGUAUUUAAAUUUUUAAACAAAUCGAUAAAUCUAUUUAUCAUCCAAUUAUUAUCAAGUGACUACGAAUUGUGCUGGUAAAGUUACAUAAAUUUAACAUCAAUUUCUGUCAUUAAAUUCAGUUUUUUUUAUACAUAUAAUUAAUAAAUUGUAUUGAAAUUUGAUAGCAAAGGACAAAUUUUGUAUAAAAUCAUAGUGAAUUUUAUGGUUUUGACGAUUUAUGUAAUUGCGUUAGUUGCUAAUGACACUCUGUAUCAUAAUCCGAAAUACUGAAACCAUAGAUUACUUUACGUUCCUGAGUGAAAGGGAGGAAAUUGUUUAUUUAUUGUAUUUAAGAAGCAUAUGUGUUGUACCUAGAUACACAGGUAUUUAUAUUUAUCCCUAUGCCUUUCAAUUUAUCUAUUUCUUUUUUUUUUUACAACACA